AUGAGAAUUGAGAAGCCAUUCGAAUGGCAAGUAGUUGAUAAAAACGUGGAGAACUUGUGGGCCAAGGGAUGGCAAAAUGUUCAAAAGGGGUUGGAGCAUUGGUCUGGUGUUAGCGUUGGCGCUGACCAUAGUGACGACUCCAGUAAUAAAGCAGAUUAUGAUAGCGAAGCUGUCUGCGAGUUGGCGUAG